CGCGUUUGAUUGGACCUCCGGCUUCAGUUUCCUGUGUUAUGGUUUCGGGUCGAGUUUUGAGGGCUUUGCUCCCUCCGUAAAUGACCACACAGCCCAGCUCUGUGCCUGAACACCGCUGCUGCCCCGCUGUCAGAGUGCGACUCACAUCAGUCUGCACCAUGGACCGAAGACAACGCUGAGGAGCCGCAUCCAUACUCUCAGGACUUUAUCGGGAAUAACUACUGUUUAAACCUGGAUGUUUCCUCACCUCUGCUUUAGACUGAAGAACAGGAGUUUUCAGAAACUGCGUGGACCUCACUGGGGUUCGUGCCAUACUGGAUCUCGGGACACGACCAGAGAAGGCUGAGUGCUUUAUCAAAAGGAGAGGAUGGGGAGCAGGGGGCACUACCGGUACCACUGGCAGAGCCACAAUGUCAAACACAGUGGAGUGGACGACAUGGUCCUGCUCAGCAAGAUCAACGAGGACGCCAUCGUGGACAACCUCAAGAAGAGAUACAUGGAUGACUACAUCUUUACAUAUAUUGGACCUGUGCUCAUCUCCGUCAACCCCUUCAAACAGAUGCCAUACUUUGGGGAAAAAGAAGUUGAGAUGUAUCAGGGCGCUGCUCAGUACGAGAACCCUCCUCACAUCUACGCACUGGCAGACAACAUGUACAGAAACAUGAUGAUUGACAGCGAGAAUCAAUGUGUCAUCAUCAGUGGGGAGAGUGGAGCAGGAAAGACCGUGGCAGCCAAAUAUAUUAUGAGCUACAUCUCCAAAGUGUCGGGGGGUGGACCCAGAGUACAGCACGUCAAAGACAUCAUCCUGCAGUCCAACCCGCUGCUGGAGGCCUUCGGCAAUGCCAAGACUGUGAGGAACAACAACUCCAGCAGAUUUGGAAAAUACUUUGAGAUACAGUUCAGCUCCGGUGGUGAACCAGACGGGGGGAAGAUCUCCAACUUUCUCCUGGAGAAGUCUCGUGUCGUCAUGAGGAAUCCUGGAGAGAGGAGUUUCCAUAUAUUCUACCAGUUGAUAGAAGGAGCCAGUGCAGAGCAGAAGAGUAGUUUGGGAAUCACCAGCCUGGAUUACUACACGUAUCUCAAUCAGUCUGGUUCCUACAAAGUGGAUGACAUCAACGACAAGAGCGACUUCCAAGAGACAGUGCAUGCCAUGGACGUGAUCGGCAUCUCAGCGGAGGACAGCUCUAUGGUGCUUCAGAUUGUGGCUGGAGUCCUGCACCUGGGAAAUAUUACUUUCAAGGAAGCAGGAAACUACGCUGCUGUGGAGAGUGAAGAGUUUCUAGCGUUUCCUGCGUUCCUGCUUGGAAUCGACCAGAAUCGUCUGAAGGAGAAACUGACGAGCAGGAAGAUGGACAGCAAGUGGGGAAACGCUGUGGAGUCCAUCGACGUGACACUGAACGUGGAGCAGGCAUGUUACACGCGUGACGCCCUCUCCAAAGCCCUGCAUUCACGAGUGUUUGACUUCCUGGUUGAGUCCAUCAACAAAGCCAUGGUGAAAGAUCAGCAGCACUUUAACAUCGGAGUGUUGGACAUUUAUGGAUUUGAAAUCUUUCAAAAAAAUGGAUUUGAACAGUUCUGCAUCAACUUCGUGAAUGAGAAGCUGCAGCAGAUAUUCAUUGAGUUGACACUGAAGGCCGAGCAGGAGGAGUAUGUACAGGAGGGCAUCAAGUGGACUCAGAUUGAUUACUUCAACAACAAGAUCGUCUGUGAUCUCAUCGAGAGCAAAAAUCCUCCUGGCAUCAUGAGCAUCCUGGACGAUGUGUGUGCCACCAUGCACGCAGUCGGGGAGGGAGCCGACCAGACUAUGCUGCAGAAGCUCCGAGUCCAGAUCAACACCCAUGAGCACUUCAACAGCUGGAACCAGGGCUUCAUCAUCCAUCACUACGCUGGCAAGGUGUCUUACGAUGCUGAAGGUUUCUGCGAGAGGAACAGAGACGUCCUUUUUAAUGACCUCAUUGAGCUGAUGCAGAGCAGUGAAAUCGGCUUCAUCAGAGCACUUUUUCCAGAAAACCUCAACGCUGACAAGAAGGGUCGACCCUCAACUGCAGGCAGCAAAAUAAAGAGACAAGCCAAUGAUCUAGUGGGCACGCUGAUGAAAUGCACUCCGCACUACAUCCGCUGCAUCAAACCAAAUGAAACCAAGAAACCCAGAGACUGGGAGGAGAGCCGAGUGAAGCAUCAAGUGGAGUACCUGGGUCUGAAGGAGAACAUCAGGGUGAGGCGUGCUGGUUACGCCUACCGCAGAGUCUUCAAGAAGUUCCUCAACAGGUAUGCCAUCCUCACCAAAGAGUCCUGGCCCACGUGGCGAGGAGACGAGAAACAAGGUGUUGUUCAUCUCUUGCGAUCAGUCAACAUGGAUCAGGAUCAGUUCCAGCUUGGUCGCACAAAGAUCUUCGUCAAAGCCCCUGAGUCGCUCUUUCUGCUGGAGGAGACGAGGGAGCGAAAGUUUGACGGCUAUGCCAGAACCAUCCAGAAAGCCUGGAGGAAAUACAUGGCCCGCAAGAAAUAUGUCCAGAUGAGGGAAGAAGCCUCUGACCUGCUGGUGAACCGGAAAGAGAGGCGACGACACAGCCUCAACAGAAACUUCGUAGGAGACUACCUGGGGAUGGAUGACAGGCCGGAGCUACGACAGUUUCUGGCCAAGAGAGAGAAGAUCGACUUUGCAGACAAAGUUACAAAAUAUGACCGCCGCUUCAAGGGAAUUAAGAGGGACUUGAUCCUGACUCCAAAGUCUGUGUACCUGAUUGGAAGAGAAAAGGUGAAACAGGGUCCAGAGAAAGGCCAGGUGACAGAGGUGCUGAAGAGGAAGAUUGAUGUGGAGAAGAUAUUGGCAGUUUCUCUAAGCACAAUGCAAGACGACUUCAUGAUCCUGCACGAGCAGGAGUACGACAGCCUGCUGGAUUGUGUCUUUAAGACAGAGUUCAUCAGCUUGCUGUCCCGCAGGUUUGAGGAAAAAACCCAGAAGAAGCUACCACUCAAGUUUAGUAACACACUGGAUAUGAAGUUGAAGAAGGAGAACUGGGGCUUCUUGAGCGGAGGUGGCACCCGGCAGGUCAUGUUUGUCCAGGGUCAGGGGGACAUGCCCGUACUGAAGCCUACUAGCAAAUCUCUGCAGGUCAGCAUCGGCUCUGGGCUUCCAAAGAACACACGUCCCACUAAGGCAAGCUUUUCUCAGGGUCGCUCCAACAUGUCCCGAACUCACCAGAACAUCCCCUCACGAGCUGCACCAGGUCCACCAGUCGCUCACCAAAACGGUGGCCCCAAGAACACAAACCACUUGGCCAAUCAGAGGAACACGCAGCAUCACAGCCAGAGGCAUCCUUCAGCCAGCAACGGGACACGCCCAAUCCUGCCAAGCAACACCAACCAGGUGAAGGAGCGAGGAGGCAACCGGCCCCAGCCCAACCUGGACUGUCUUAAGGUCCCUGAACAAGGAGCUGCAGGUAAUGGAGACAGACGGCCAACUUCAAAUGGAGGAAUGGCCCACAGACCAUCAGCCACCAGACCUCCGCCAGGAGGAGGACGACCAAAACCUGCACCCAAACCCAAACCCAAACCCCAAGUGCCCCAGUGCAAAGCUCUGUAUGCCUACGACGCUCAGGACACGGACGAACUCAGCUUCAACGCUGAUGACGUCAUCGAUAUCAUUAAAGAAGAUGCAUCUGGAUGGUGGAGAGGACGACUACGGGGAAAGCAGGGACUGUUCCCAAACAACUACGUCACCAAGAUCUAAAAAGCUGCCAGGUCACAGAUCCAGGAGAACAGGGAGAGCUGUCCUGUGCCCUGCUGACCCUCUCAGAGGACAGGAUGGCGCUCACAGACUGAGAGAGAAGUGCUGCGAGAUUCCUCACAGAGAGAAACUCACCCUUUCUCCACUACUGCCUCUGCAGUAAAUGAAUGUAACUCUCCAUCACACCAGAAGACCGUCAGGCUUGAAACGAGGCUCUGCUUUAAAAAACAAGAAGACUGUGUGACCCCGGGGUCUGUCCCUCUGAGUACUGAACAAAACUAUUUAUUGUAUUUAUAGCUUUCUGUGUUCUCCUUACUGUCAUUUAUAUCUUACUGAGGAUUUUUGAGCUCAAACUUUUUGAAUCGCUGGAAAUGAAGUUUGCUUAAUCUGUGGGACCAGGCUGUGAUUUUUACUCUCACGCGUCAUUUUUAAAGAUGAAGGUUUGAUAUUUAUUUUGGUGUAACAUCUUAGAGGGGACGGAUUUCAAGUAAAUCAACCCGCUGUGAUUUUACAGCGAUUUUAAGAACCAAAGCAAUUCGAUUUUAAUAAUCCUGCUCCACAAAAGAACCCGGUGAAUCAGCUGGAAGAGGUUUUUGUUGUCUUGUUUUUCUCUAUCUCUCCAGUAUGUUCUCUACGCAGAGUAGAGGUCAUGUAUACUGUAAGCUGAGCGUGCUGUCUGUGGUGUAUUAGCACUUUAUUGGUACAGGUACUACCUUAGACACAGACAACAUCACUUGUUCAUGCCACAGCCAGUAAGUCCAGUGUAUGAAGGACAGGUUGCCAAGCUAGCAAUACCCAGAGUUACUGAGGAGAACAAUUUGUUUACAUGAAAUGAUCAAACAGGCAUUUUUAGAUUUGAUUCUGUAUAUGUGUUCAUAUUUAGGAGUACGCCUGUUGUUGCUUACAGUUUAAAUUAAUGUAUUGUAUUUUUACUCUGAAGGAUGUUUCUAUUGUGCUCUCUGCUUUCGUUCCUUACAGGGGCUGUAUUAUUUCCAGUUCAGCUACAUGUGGAUAAUUUUGGUCUUCACGGACUGGGGUGAAUGGUUUUUUGUUUUGUCAAGUGCAAAAGUUGUUUUUUUUUUUGGUGAAAGAUAUUUGUUGACAUUUUUCCAUGGCACUACAAAGGAUUCUUUUUUGCUUCUGCUCGACUGUUUCUGCACAUCUUUUGCACUGCUGUUACAUUACUUACACAUUCCUUGUCAUUUUAGAGAAAAAAAACAACUUAGUAUCCACAUUAUUUUCUUUUCAGUGAAAACAGCCGGGACUUGGCCGCUCAUUUUCUCAAAAACAGUUUGAUCUUGGAUGGUUGACAACAUCCAUGUGCAAUACCAAACAGUAGAUUUUAAUAAAACAUGUAACAUAUAUAUUUAACUGCUUUUUAAACCAUUAAAUAAAGUGAACAGUGUCAUGUUUA